AGUUGUGCACUACCGGUUGCGAAGUACGGGUCGUAUUGUGAUUACGUGUUCGUUGACUGGUAUUCGCGAAUUAAGAAUAACGCUUUACAGUAUCGGAGAAAUUGAAACAACGUGCGUUUGACACGUUCUUUGCAUUCUAUUUAACCUUUCGAGGAAACACGCUCGUUCUAGACUAUCGUGUGUUAACGUUUCGAAAACACUUUUGCUCUCGUGUGCGAGUCAAUUGCAUUCGCGUUUUUCACUACGACCUCGUCUGAGUGAAACAGAAUCUGUGAAACAAACUGUCGUCGAAGAAGUCUAGAAAUGAGAAAACUUAUGGAGAAACAGCUGUCUUGGCUUGCCUUACUCGUCACAGCGUUCUACUCUCUGCUUGGCAGUUGUCGGGGCGAAGAGUGCGGACACGAAAGGCUGGUGAAGUGCGGAAGACCACUCGAGAGAAUCAACAAGAAUGAUUUGAGUUUCGCUGUGAGAAAGGAGGAACUUCAGCAGCUAUGCCCAGAUUUCGAGGCUGGCAUGAAGUGCAUCCAGACGUACACCUUGGAUUGUCUGCAGGAGAAACAAAGGGAACACUUCAACUCAUUGUACGCGGGCACCAACAAGGUGGUCAUGGAGCUGUGUCAAGAUGGCCCUUAUCAGGAUGAAUUCCUACGACAUGCACCAUGCAUGCAAAAGGUGCAACCGAAAUACGAGUCCUGUUACUUGAAGUUCCAAAGAAUCACUCAGGACCUCGAAAGCGAAAAUCAAAUUGCGAACCCGAAUGAACCCCUUAAACCUUUGUGCUGUGGCUUCAGGGAAUUUUUGGAAUGCUCGCAUCAUACGAUUCGUCGGCAAUGUGGCUAUGACACAGCUCAAUUUGCAAAGGGAUUCCUCGACAGAAUGUCGAUCUCACUUCUAAAGGAUCAUUGUGCACCGUAUACGGAGAAGGAGUGCUGGAUCGGUAGCGGCGCUACUAGCAUGUACAAAGUGCAGACACUAGUGGUGGUCGUUUUGGCGGUGCUAGCAAGGUACUUCACGUAAGCGAUUAGGCGGCAUUCGUAGCCAGAAAAAGGGGACGAUUUCCGUGCAUCACGAGCGUCGUGCUGAAACCGGGGCCCCCGUUCGUUCUCCGCUUCAGAUUCGCCAGAAUAUUUUUUUAUUUUCCGACGAGCAACCAAGAAGAGGGAAAAAGGAGGCACGCGCACGCGAGCAACGAGUGGGUCGAGAGUAUUAAGAGAGGCAGCGCGAAGGAGAAAAAGGAUAAAGGUAACAAAGACAAAGGGGAAGGAUGUGGAGAAAGGAAAAAGGAAGGAGACGCAGGACGAGAAAAAGUUAAGGAAAGGGAAUAAACCGGCUGGACACGAUCAAAGAGAGGCAGGAAGAAAGUUCUCUCGCCACGUUCUCCGCACGCGAACUUCCUUGCCGCGCUCGUGCGGCAACCGUUUCUCUUUGACGGGAAACGCUCGUGGAAAACAAAGAAGAGAACGUGCUUUCGGACACUGCGACGGGCUUAAUCAUGCAAUCAGAAGGCACGUGCGCCAAGGUGGACGUGUUCCAUCGUGCUGUCACCACUGCUCUACUAUUCGUAGUGCUUCGAUGCUCGAGAAUCGAAUACAUGAGCUGGAUCGGUUUAAGAUCGGAUGCUGAAUAUAGACGCGCCAUGUCUCGAUCACGUUUUAAGUUUUUAUUUGUCAAAUAGCUGCUCUAUUCGAGUAUUGCCUCGUGCGUCGUACUAAAGGAGAGAACAGAAAGCGUGAAGCUGACGUGAUUUAAUAGGGGAAUACAGAUGAAAACGAGAGAAACUUAUGAGAGACCAUUGGAAGAUGUCGAUAUGAUACGUUGAAUUCUAUUUCGAGCUUUGCUAUGAAACAGCAGUGGAAAGGAGGAAAUGAAAAUUACAGCAGUAACACACGAAAGACUCGAUUCUUUGAAAAUGUGGUCAUCGAGUGUUUAAUCGUAGAUGGACGACGCGUAAAAGCGCUGAUACUCGCCUGUUUGGCGCGGAAAAGCCUUUAGAGCUAAAAAUGAAACCAUUUUCUCAUAGCGACGUAUAGCGACGAACUGUAUGAAGAAAAGGGGAAUCAAACGUGGAACGCAUCUGUUGGCGAUAAACGUAACUCCGACUAGUCAACAUUUCCCAUAUCUGUUUUCGAAGCGCACGCCUCUCGAAAGAAACCAGUAUAUCCUAGAUCUUUCUAACGAAUACUAGAUGUGAUUGCUUCGAGUAAGAACGAGUAGAAGGUUCGCGCCGAGGAUCGGAUACUUCAGAAGAACUCCAAUUUCACGAGCAGCUUGAUGAAGCUGUGGGAAAUCAAGCGGAAAUAUUGGAGCAAAAAAAGUGUGGAUCUUCGGUCCAUCGAAAGACCGGUAUAAUCAUUCGAAUCUAACGUUUGUUUGAAAUAUGAUAAUUCGAAAAGUGUAUCCAAUUAAUUGAUUUUUCUGACCGUUUAUUUUCUAUGUCAAUAGCUGCGACGUUUUAGAGCGAACACUGCAAAAUAUGAUUCUAAGAACCUCGCAUUCAUUUACUUAUAUUUCAAUGAAUCGUUAAUCGAUACAGAUACGAGAGCAAAUUACGCUAGAAAUUUUACCAACAAACGUUCAACUUUAUAUCAAGAAAUGGACGAAUGAAUAGACUCGAGAGAGUGAAAUCACAGGUUUCUAUGGGUUCAAACAUCUCCAAGAUUAAAACCUACGGUACUUUCGUCGCGAAUAGCAGAUAAUAAUACAAUACCUACUCUCGCUGUUGGAUUUACUAGGAUCGUCGUUGUAGCGAAACGAGGAACAAGUAUUCGAGAAAUAGCAUCCUUGUCCCUGCGUUCGGGUCGGGAGCCAUGGGACUCAGAGGCGUCGGAGAAAAUCGACAAACGAAGCUGGUAUCGCUACAACGGGCUCUUCGUCUUGUCUCGCGAGGAGCGCUUGUUGCAACGAGCGUCUCGUGUACAGUGCUAAGCAAACGUUCGAGAAACGAGGUGAAUUGUUGGUCAUUGAAAGGAAUGACGAAAAUGAAGAAAAGUGAAAAGGAAGAUGGAGGAGAGAAGAGGGAGGAAAGCGUGUCUUCGUUCAGCGCAUAGAAAGACGAAAAAUAGCACAGGAGCUUGUGAAAAGAGAUUGAAGGAGGAAAGGAAGAAAAGAGGCGACGAAUCGUGAGCUGAUGAAAAUGUGACUCGUUUUGGUUCUCGAAACGCGAUUUCGAAUAGUUAGAAGCAGCUUCGAAUGGCUGAACGUGACAGCGGCGAUCACACUGGCUGGUAUCUCGGCUGCAGACGAUGCGACAUUUUUCAUCGGUGCGACCUCGGCGAAAUGCUGGUGGAACUGUGCUGUUUCAGAUGCAGAACGUUCUCUAGUUGCUCGAUUGCUUAUGCAGUCGACACGGCGCGGGUGGCGUAAUCGAAAGGCGGAAAGUGACAAGGAACUGAUAGUCUGCAAUUGCGUGCGGAACUAUUCCUAUGGAGAUAUUCCGGAUAGAUUUCCAAGGAGAACCUUGCAUCCUAGAAAUAUCAGUAGAAGUACCAGCUGCUAUUAAUAUGAAACCUCUGAAGAAGUAAUUGUACUUCGCCAGAUCCUCGCCUCCUUUCGAUUAUUCCCACUUUGAGGUUAUUGAUUCCUGUCUCUCAUCAGAUGAUUUCUAAGAUCCGUUUAAACGCUUGUUCUUUGCAUAUUUUUUUGAUACUUCAAGAUCGAUCAGCAAAAGACAGUAAAGAUCGUAUUAUUGCCUUUGUUUUUAUAAAGUCAUUCGACCCGUUAGCGUCGUUUGUAGAAUCUAUUUAACUUCAAGACAAAGAAAAUUCAUCAUAAUAAAUUGGCAUUAUUUUGCCUUACUGGAGGAUAGUUAUUAUCAAUGUUCCUCUCGGACGCCUCUGAUUUUAUAGUUGGUACAGAAAAUAUCCUGAAGGACUGUUGUGUCGAUACGAACUAUCGUUAUUCCCUAUGCACCCGAUCGAGGAGUGUAUCGUGGGUCGUAAGUGAAGUGGAAAGGAAGAGGAAGAAAGGAGCGACGAAGCCUUUCAGUGGCUGGAAGAGGACGCUGUUCUUCCGCUACGUGCUUCGGCUAUCGCUGUAAACAGAGGUAGAUAGCGAGCCAACUGUUCGAAGGGUCGAUUCUCGUGCUGAAAGGGAAUUACUUCCAGCGUGGUGGCUCAGCACGAGUCUCACCAGGGGAUCUUAGAGUGCUCGAAUCGACUUGACGAGCUUUUGCCUACCUACUGACCGUAUUUUUUACCCUCUGACCAUAUUUCGUUCUAGAGAACACGGUGUUAAUUCUGUUGUUGAAGAAAAGAACGUGCAACGAUAAGCGCUAUGACUCCUUCGUUGAAGGAGGAAUUAAUUAUUGAAGAAUUUAUAAUUCGAUGUUUAUGUGCUAACAAGUUGUGUACUAGUGAUAGAAUAUUGCGAAAAAUCACUGCCUUGAUCACUUAGUAGCACUGAUUUUUAUUAAAAGGUAUCGAUACGACAAUGUGCUAAAAGGGAGAUCCAAAAUGAAAAGAUGUUUCUUUUGUAUUAAAAAUUGAUUAAACAUAGACAAUCACAGUUGUGAGUACCUACAAGUAUAAUUUGCUGUUGUGUCAAUGAAGAAGAAAAAGAAGAGCAGUGGAAAAUCAACAUUGUGACUUAUAACAAUAUGUGUUACGUGUUUGAAUAUAACACGGGCCUAUACACUGAAUCUCUGUUCAGAAAAGUUAAGAACAAUAUUACCGAGCCUGUGCCUGAUUCUCAAGUAUAUCAAAUUCCAUCUGCCAACGCUUUAAAAAUUUUCAAUUAUAGAAGAAUUUACGUAAUGCUACGAUCACUGCCCACGUUUAAUCCAGGAAAAUCCAGCAAAAUAAACGAAUCUUAAGAAGAUAACGAAGCCAAUCGAGAAACAAAAAACGUGAUUAAUUUCCGCAUGUCUUACAAUAAAUUGUUGCUUCUCGCAACUCUUUUAUAUCUGCCACUACGAUCAAGCUUAAGAAGAAGAAGAGAGAAAGAAGAAGAGGCUGAAACGCUUCUUACAAAGCGGAUUGUGGGUCAGUUGCUUUAAAGCCACUUUGUCACACGCCAUAUUCCUUCUUGGCAAAAAAGAGAGAGAAACGGUUGACAAGAUAGGCGAGAAGCAGAAAAGCAAUAAGUGAUCAGAUCGAUUUCGCUGUAUCGGGCGAUAUUAUAUGGCUUCGAUGAAAAAUAGAUGGUUGAAAGAGGCGGCGCAGGUGUAUCGGACAACUGUAUGACAUUGUCUUUCCACAUUAAAGAUCCGUUUAAAACGGUCCUCUCUCGAGAACGAGUCGUAUGAUCGUAAAACACAGAGAAUACGUUUCCCGAGAGAAUUGUUUAACUUAAUUUCAAAUAACGUGUCUUCUACUGCCUGAAACUUGAACGUAGAGAAGACACGUAGCUCUGUUCUGUAUCAAUCAUACGACGUUUUAAAUCUAAAACGCGGAAGAAGAGAAAGAGCGAUGGAAUCGUUCAAAAUUAUACGCUGUAGCGAUCCGUGGAAAUUAAUGGAAGCGGCAAAAAGAGAAAUGAGAUCUCGCCGAUUCGAGAAGGAAAAUUAUUACUCUUUUACAAAUUUCCUCGUCAACGAUGAGGAAGCAGCGAAUAUAUAGUAUGUACGCAGAAUGUUCUGAAUGAUUGGGAAAGGCCGGACACGAACGUGGUGUAAUGGAAAAGAGGAGAAGAAAUGGAUCGGGUGUCAGCUGCUUCGACCAGGUCUGAUUUUCGUGCACGUACCAUUUUCCUGGUUCGACUCGAAACGCGCUCUAAAUAGCAAGCGAAACGCGGACUCGAGAAAAAUCACUUUCAUCGUCGCACGCGACACGUGACCACGUCCACGGAAAAAUCACGGACGAACGAGAAUUCCGCUCUUUUGCUACGUGUCGUUUCUAUCUUAAACGGGUCCUAAACCUGGAACGUGGUUACAGUUUGGGAAACGUCCACGAUAGAUAACCGUGUACGUGUAUUAUACCAGACGAUUUCUUGCUUAUUUCGAACGAAAUAUCGAUCGUGUAUUAUUUCGAUAAUCGUUUAGAGCAACCUGUUCGUGGAAAGGUUCCGUAGUAUAAAAUGGGGAAAUUGAUCCUUUCUGAAACUUUUAUUUUCCAAUCGUUUUUCUAUACAUUGAGAAUUAAUUCGAAUUUAUUUUUGAAAACAGCCGAUGAUUAACUGUUUGUCACAUAUAGAACAUAGAAUGAAAGGUAUAGGACAUAUAUCGUGGCGUAGAUAAUUAAUUGUGCAAACUGAUAUUUGCAUUUGAAGUAAACAAGUAGUAAAAUUGUUUGACAAAUCCUUUCCAUAGUCGAAAUUUAUACGUGUCUGACGGUUAUGAUUAUUAAUGGUUUUAUAUGUCAAACUGACUAAUUGAACUUCUCGUAUAAGCAAUUUGAACGAAAGUAACGUAAAAAGAAAAAGAAUUUUUGUAACCAUUCAUGAUCUAAGAAAGUCUAUACUGGUUUAACGAAAGGUAGAAGUUAUUCAUUCUCUGGAAGUUUUUUAGUUAUUCAGCUAUACUAGUGGAUUUAUUUUGGCUUACAAAAGAGACUGGUUGAGACAGUUUGCGGAACAGCACCAACCCUAUACGUAUAAUUAUGGUGUUCAAUAUUUCUUCUAUUUCAAUAUUAGAAAGUAAAGAUAGUUCGUUAUAUCGAUUAAAAUCAUUCUACAAAUUUUCUACUAAGUUAGCAACCUCGGUCGAAAUAAUUCUGUCAAUAAUGGUUCUUCGCUUCACAUAUAAUAAUUUUAUAAAUUAUUAUAUCCCUGAUAUUUUUCUAGUUGUCGUGUACAAUUUUUGAAUAUAUGCGGAAAAAAUGAAAAAUAGAAUCAGCUUACUAUCAUUGUUGGCAACUAUGUGCUCUCAACGUUCACAUUUCCGUGACACUGGUUACACGAAUUGAAUUCGAUAGAAACCGGAUUCCAGGUUCCGUCUCUCGCAUCUCGCAGAGACAUAGCUGAUGCGUGUAAUUUAUGCAUGCUUCCAUCACGGUAAGCCUUGUGACGUAUCUUGCAACGCGUGACAAAUAGAUCGUUGCCUUUGAAGCCAACAUUGUUGAUCCAACGACUCAACGUGAACUCAAAUCCAAAGUCAGUCAGACGAAUUGAGUAACGAUAGAACCUGGUACAGGAAUCCUAUGUGCGACUUAUCCUGUUAGUAUGGACCGUACGAUAUCUGUUAAACGUCUUAUGUAUAUCUCAUAAUCUAAUUUACUUAAAGCUUUCGCUAUUAUGGAGGAUCAUUGUCGCUCUUUAUGAAGUGACCUUCCUUGUGUUACGAGCACGAUCCUCGUAUGGUUAUUCGCCGCACGAUCUUCAUAUUUUUAUCGAGAAUGAUAGAAAAUGUUCGAGUUGUACGAUACAAAAUAUAAUUAUCUAGUCCUUUGAAUAAUUAAAAAUUAUGAACAUGAACAUUAUCGAUGAAUGAUAUAAUAUUCACUAUAAACAAUUGUGACGAGAAUACGGACGUACUUCCGUAUGCGUCAAUGAUAAUUAAAGAAUGAAAUUUAGUGCAUUUUAGUCGCAAAAGAUAAACUAUUAGGAUUUUAAGGUAAAUGAAAUUUUUAGAAAAAAAUUAUUUCGUGGCUAAUUAGAUAAUUUAAAUAGGUAAAUAGGUGUUGGCAUUUAUAGCGAAAGGGUUAAUGAAGAAGAUAUGAUUCCACUCGAAAAUGUUUAGAACAUUUAUUUCGUAGGUUAACAAGCAGGUUUUUCAGAAAAGAUGCGUCACUUUAAUGUUGAACACAUAGUAAUUUAAUUUUUUCCGAUGAAACUUAAUUUUUCAUAAUUCUUCAGAAGGUUCACAGCCGAAACGUUGUUUUCCUUCUUUGCUAUGUCAGUAUAAACGACUUGCUCGUUUCUUCGUCCAGGAUAAUUCGACUUGUUAUUGAUUGCUUUUUGAGCGAAAAAACUCUAUUAGUGAUAAUUUAUCUUCCUCUUAUCCUUAACGACAAUUGCUUUAUUUUUCUUCCACGGUUACUCAAAUUAACAUUAUUUCAAGAGUAUUUAGAAUAUUCAUGUUUAUUGACGUGAUUAUUAGCGGAUGUGUCUGCCCCGAAUUUGAAAAGAGAUUAUGUUACUUAAUUUCGAAUCAAAAAGUUGAAGCUCUUACAAUUUAAUUAAGGCUUCCGCAUGCAAAUCCUACCCUUUUGGGAACAGUAUCCUGACGUUUAACAUUGAAGCUAGUUUCAUUUGAGAUCAAGAGACACACUGGAAUUGUAUCGUCCCUUUAUACAGUUCGUGAAAGUUUCGCUUUUGCUUGAACGACGGCGUUGCCGUUCCACGGUGAUAUUCGACUCGAGUAGAAAUAGCCAAGAAACUUCUAUGGAAAAAUUGUAAUAAAUGUUUCUUGUGUCACAGUACCAGUAGCCCAUAAUUUUUAUAAUUUGGAAAGUUACUUUAUAUUUUUUCUUAAGUUUCUUUUUCUACUAGACCAUUAAUUUUUGCAGAAUUUGCGAGGUCAAAGUUAACUUUUAAUGACGUGCAGUUCGGCAUCUGUGACAAAGUUGUGACCAAGCUACGCGGCAAAGAAAGGUGGAAUCCAAUAUUUGUUGUUUGUGUCAAUAGAAAGAUAGAGGUGGAGACUGCAGUAAGGGGAAAUGUUUCAUGUAAAUAAUCUCCUUGUAUACAUGUGCAAAUAAUGCUACCAGUUUCGAAGAGAUACUUCAAAUAUAAACAUCUGCACGAACGUGAAAUGGCGAAUAUUAAUUGAACAUAUGGGUGAUACGAGUGAUCGAAGAAUAUUUCGUAUUAUUAGUCGGAUGUGAAGUAGCAUAAUAUCGAAAGAUAUCAUAAUUUAGAAGCGUAUCCGAUUUUAAAUUAUUUUACAUUGUUCAUCCAAAUAUACGAAGUUAUAUCGAAAUUUUAGUACACGAUUUUCUAUUAAUUAUUCAUCGCGUCAGAUUUCUAUUUUAAUUUGACAAUUUUCAACCCUUCUAUAUUUAAAAUUAGGAAACUAUAUAAAAUAAUCGAAUAAAAUAUUCAAGAGUGAACAUUCCUACUAAAACCGGGUGUUAUUAUAUUAAACGUUCGAAAUGUAUAAAACAAUCAAAUAAGAUUUCCACUCGAUAGCUAUUAGUUUAAAAACAGAAAUUAUAAAAUAUAAUUUAGUCCCUUGAUUCACGUCCGUAUUUAUUUAAUCGUAUUUACUCAAAGCUUUCGUGAAAGGAAAAAUCAAAGCCUGCGAGCUUGAAUAGGUAGAUACGCAAAGAGAGACAAGAACAUGGCAGCUGGCCUUUCAUCGAGUCAAAGUUGUAAUUUAGUAUCCACAUUCGUGGACAUAGCAGCGUAAUUACCGCGGUGGUUAAUUGACGCAGGCAAUGCGUGGCUGCUCAUCAUACGAACGGCGCCAUAACAUCGAAUCCCUGUGGUUUCAUCGGGACUCAUUUUUGCGGUCACCCUGUUAUUCCUCAUUAAACCUGUUCAAGCCCUUCUCUCUAGCAUAAUCGAUGCUAGAUCGAUCCAUGGAACAUUUAACGAACUUCUGUUCAUUAGUGCUUCAAGUGUAUCUGUAUUUCGUAAUUUUCUUCUACUUUUGUUCUACGAUAGUAGAAUUUUGGAAAGGAUUUGUUCAAACUAAAAGGAUAAAAAUAUAGUAUAAGUGUGAAGUAUAUAAAUUUUAUACUUUUAAGACUAGACUGCAGAUGGUUAUGCAUUUAUUGGGAAAUUAAAAUACGUAAAAAUGAAAGAAAUUCAAAGUAAAGUACUAUUAUAAAGUAUUAUAUACUUUGUAAGUGUUAUUUUAUAAAUAUAGUAAUUUAUAAUUCGAUUCGAUUAGAGAGCUAAAUGAAUCUGUAGCUUUUACUUCUUUGGUCGUGUUGAGGAAAAUAUAAAUUUGUAUAAACAUUUGCAGUCCGUUUAUAAAUUACUAUUAUUCUAGUCACGAUAUUGAACACAAUAAUUUAAAUGUAAUAGAUUCGUUUUUCAAGGAAGCUAGUUAUUGGUAAUAGUAAUUGAGAAAAAGAACUAUUUGUGACUGGGUCUUUUUUUUAAUUGGAAAAGAUCGUCAUAUACGAAAUUAUUUAUAUUAUUAGCAUGUGAAGAAAUUAUUUAAAAUUAUUUAUUACAUUUGUGUGGUUUCGUUUCGCAGUACUCGGUUUUUCUACGAAUAAAAAGGACGCUUUCCCAUUUUUUGCAACAUAACGAUCACGUUUAUCGACAGAAUUAUCGAGUAAUUAUUCGAUAAUUAAAACGUAUCGGGUGCCUUCAUUUAUUUAUUGGCUUAAAUUUUUCAUGUAAAACUGCUAGUCAGGUAUUUGUCAGAUUUGUAUAAAUCAUUUUAGAAAAUGUUUUAUUAUUAAAAUAAAUUUAUUAAUUAGUGAUUAUAAUUUUUAUCAUUACGUACGAAGGAAUACAAGUAAAGACACUCACUGUCUUCAAUAUUUUCACGACUUGAAAUCCAAUAACGAAUUGCUUAAUAUCGGCAUUAAGUAUUUCCCACCGAAUUCUCGUGUUAAUCGAAGAGAGAUGAUAUAUUCACUAUAUGGACUUUAGCGGUAAUACUAUAUUCGUUGAGUCAUGAUUUUUUAAUACGCUACAUGGUACAACCAUACGCAAUGUUAAUUAUUAUAUCAUAACUUUGUUAUAUUUAUGGAAAAGACAUUCGCCUAUCGUUAACCUGUUAAUCAAGACUAGUAAGUUAAGUUGUCAUUGCAUCAUACUUGCAUAGCCAUUCUUUUUGUAAUAUUAUUAUAAUAACGUUGUAUCAUUUUUACAUUUUUCACAAAAUUAUAUAUUAUCACCUAAUGUGUGGUAAAUUAUAAUUUUCUUUUAUUUCUGUCCGUAAGUCACACGCCUAAUAAUGUCCUUAAGAUGGAAAAAAGAACGUUUUAAUUAAAAAAUAAAAUCUACAUUUGGUAAUUACUAUUAUUUAUGUUUAAAGAUUGUUGACUUGUUUUAAUAAAUAUACUACAUAUAAAAUUAGCAUAAAUAACAUUUUUUAUAUAGUUAACGUUUAAUGACGUUAAUUUAUGUAAAAGUAGCAAGUGAUUUAUGGGCAAAAAUAAUUCUUCAAUUAACACGUUAACGUUAACACACACUUGGAGCGAUCAAUUACGAAUCAAUUACGAGGUAACAAUAAUCGACGUACGCGAACAUGUCAAACUAAAGGGAAGAAACGAUAUGUAAGAAACGACAAGAAAAAGCAUACAUUUCGCGAAACAUUCUGUGGUCAGCAAUUAAUCAUGUGGAAAUACAAAGUAAUCCAAAAGCUUCGUUCGCUGUUCUCGCGUAUCAAACUUGGACGAGUUGAGAAUGCGCGCAAACAGCUUUCCACGGAAUUGUAUCCGAAGCUUUAACGACUAGUUUAAAUAAUGCGAUUCGUGGUUUCUCGAACGGGAAGAACGAUCCUUGCACUUUUCCUAUUCGAAUUGAUUUUUCGCGAGAAACCCUUCUUCGAUUAAUUUAUUCUCAUCGCCUAUUUAUUGCUUUUUAUUCUACCGUGCCACUGAAUUGGAGAAUUAGGAUUUACUUGUAAAAUAUCCAAAUAAUAUUUCGUUAUAAUUAUCGUACUUCUGGGGUGAAAACAUAACAUAAGUGGAAAUAUAACAUUUAAUUUUCUAUUUCUUCGUUUUCUUUAUGUGGAACCGUAUGUUUGACUGACACGAAAAUAUUAGCACGACCGGAGGGACUAGCAGAAGUGUUACGCGUUCACAGAAGGUUGUUGUAAGUUAGGGGUAAAAAGUGACAGAACCUAGAUCCCCACGCUAUCACGCAUAUGUGUCAGGUACAGCAUGUGAAAUUCAUGAUUUUUGCAUAGCUCAAAAUUUUCGAGCCUCGGAUAAUAUAUAUAUACACACACAUACGUAGUCCAUGUGUCGAUUAGCACUCCUUUGACUCGAUAUAAUUAUCGUAGUCACCUUUGCAUUAAUCAGCCCCCCAAAAGCAAUAUUCCACCUUUAUUUCUACUAAAAAUGUAUUAAAUAAUUUGUGUAUAAAAGCUCUUAAAAUCUUAAAAAAAGAAAUAGAAAAGUAAUCUGGAAUAAUGUUACUCUAUUAGUACAUUACUAUGAUUUUCGGUAUUAUCCAAAAGGAAGAAAAAUUGUUUCCUACUUUUGCAGAAUGAAAACAUGGAGCACGAUAAUUAUCACAAA